GUUCCACCAUACGCGACUUCUUUCUACAUCUCUCAUCAAGUUUUCUCUCUCUAAAACUAAGACUUUUCUCUCUCUAAAUUUUCUAGCUUUUCUGUAAUGGAAACGGAACGUGUGACCGAGUUCCCGAUGACCCAUCUGGAUCGUCGUCCAAGAAAGAGGGCGCGUUUGGGCUGGGACGUACUUCCUGAGCAGCCUAAGGCUCAGCUAGAAUUGUUUUGUGGACAAGCGUUUGGGAAUCUGACAAGCCAUACGACUUCGAGGCAACCUACAGACCUUACUGGUACACUGGUUGUUAAGGGGCGAAAUGGUUCUCCCCCAUGGAGGAAUGAUGACAAAGGCGGGCAUUAUACAUUUGAGCUUGGAGAAAAUUUAACAUCACGCUACAAAAUCCACAGUAAAAUGGGAGAAGGUACUUUUGGCCAGGUUCUAGAAUGCUGGGACCGUGAAAAGAAGGAAAUGGUGGCCAUUAAGAUUGUUCGGGGCAUUAAGAAGUAUCGUGAAGCAGCUAUGAUUGAGAUUGAAAUGCUUCAACAGCUUGGUAAACAUGACAAAGUUGGCAAUUGUUGUGUGCAAAUACGGAACUGGUUUGACUAUCGUAAUCAUAUCUGUAUUGUCUUUGAGAAGCUAGGACCAAGCUUAUAUGAUUUCCUACGGAAAAACUAUUACCGCUCAUUUCCCAUUGAUCUUGUCCGUGAGAUUGGCAGACAACUCUUGGAAUGUGUAGCAUUUAUGCAUGAUUUGCGUCUCAUCCACACUGAUUUGAAGCCUGAAAACAUUCUGCUUGUCUCCCCGGAUUAUAUUAAAGUUCCUGACUAUAAGGUAAAAAUUGGACGCUGUGGACAACUUGGAACUAUUUUGUGCUUGGUUCCGCACUUGCAAUGGUGGAUGGUUAAUGUUUUUUUUCACUAUUACCUAAAGUUUUCUUCAAGGUCACCUACAGAUAGUUCUUACUACAAAAGAGUUCCAAAGUCAAGUGCUAUAAAGGUAAUCGAUUUUGGGAGCACAAUAUAUGACCGUCAGGAUCAGAAGUAUAUUGUAUCAACUCGUCAUUACCGUGCACCAGAAGUUAUUCUAGGUCUUGGAUGGAGGUACGCAUGUGAUAUAUGGAGUGUUGGCUGUAUCCUCGUGGAAUUAUGUUCGGGAGAAGCAUUGUUUCAAACUCAUGAAAAUCUAGAGCACCUUGCUAUGAUGGAGAGGGUACUUGGCCCCCUUCCUCAACACAUGCUAAAAAGAGUAGACCGGCAAGCAGACAAGUAUGUGAGAAGGGGACGUUUGUACUGGCCUGAAGGAGCAUCAUCCCGUGACAGUAUCAAAGCUGUGUUAAAGCUUGCUCGCCUUCAGAAUAUAAUUAUGGAGCAUGUGGAUCAUUCAGCUGGAGAUCUUAUUAAUCUCUUGCAAGGACUCCUUCGUUAUGAUCCAUCUGAAAGGUUAACUGCUCGUGAGGCCCUGAGACAUCCUUUCUUUACGCGGGGUCAUCUGAGUAGGUAAAUUGGAUUGCACUUUAUCCUGAAAGUGCGUGCUCCUCACGUGAUGCCUGGUUAAUUUGCUUUUGGACAAUCUGAUGUAGUGGAGGGAUUCGUGCCAGUUUCUUAUUGGCAGUCUUAACGUGUUGGCGAGGCCCCCAUGUAGAUACUAUUCAUUUAUAUGUUUCUUGCAGUUGGUGAUGCAAGUCUGCCGAUUUUGUGCCUAUAUGUAUAUUAAAAUUGAGCUCUCAGAAUAUACCUAGUAUGUAGUUAGAUUGAAAGUUGGCGUGCUAGAAAAGACUGGAAGCUUAACUGAGUAUAUAUUUACCCUGUUUCCAUAAUGAAAUGUGUAGUUGAGCAUGGUGCAUUCGGGCCUCCGAUGAUGAUUGACAGGUAAUGGAUAAUGUAAUUUUAUGAUGUUCAUAUCAAUUAACCUUGUUGGCACUGGGAGAUGUGAUAAGGGGAUGGCAGUUGCAGGCAGCGUUUGCUAUGAUGAAAACCGAAGACCACAAUAAAGGUAAAAUGCGUCCUCGUGUUUCUUUUAAUGGAAACAUAGUAAAGGAAAGUCAAAGACCUUAAGCGAGAUUUAUAUUUUGUUCAUGAGUAACAGGUGGAAUUGAAAAAACUUUAACACGCAUUUUACUUGUACUUAGAAUUGACUCUUUUUCUGUCACGAUUGUAUAAUCUUCUGAACAGGAAAAUAAUAAGUUUAGAUUUUUUUUC